AUGCGUGAGAUUAUCAGCAUCAACGUCGGCCAGGCUGGUUGCCAGAUCGCCAACUCUUGCUGGGAGCUUUACUGCCUCGAGCACGGUAUCCAGCCCGAUGGUUACCUGACCGAGGAGCGCAAGGCCGCUGACCCUGAUCAUGGUUUCAGCACCUUCUUCUCCGAGACUGGCCAGGGCAAAUUCGUCCCCCGAACCAUCUACUGUGAUCUUGAGCCCAAUGUCGUCGACGAGGUCCGCACCGGCCCCUACCGCAGCCUGUUCCACCCCGAGUACAUGGUCACCGGCAAGGAGGAUGCUUCCAACAACUACGCCCGAGGUCACUACACCGUCGGCAAGGAGCUUAUCGACCAGGUUUUGGACAAGAUCCGCCGUGUUGCCGACAGCUGUGCCGGUCUCCAGGGCUUCCUGGUCUUCCACUCCUUCGGUGGUGGUACCGGUUCUGGUUUCGGUGCUCUGCUGAUGGAGCGUCUCUCCGUUGAUUACGGCAAGAAGAGCAAGCUGGAGUUCUGUGUCUACCCUGCUCCUCAAACCGCGACAUCCGUUGUUGAGCCCUACAACUCCAUCCUGACCACCCACACCACUCUCGAGCACGCCGACUGCUCUUUCAUGGUUGACAACGAGGCUAUCUACGACAUCUGCCGCCGAAAUCUCGGUCUCGAGCGUCCUAACUACGUUAACCUGAACCGUUUGAUUGCUCAGGUGGUCUCUUCCAUCACUGCCUCUCUCCGUUUCGAUGGCUCCCUCAACGUCGAUCUGAACGAAUUCCAGACCAACCUUGUCCCGUACCCCCGCAUCCACUUCCCUCUGGUUGCUUACGCACCAGUCAUCUCUGCUGCCAAGGCUGCCCACGAGGCCAACUCCGUCCAGGAGAUGACCAUGUCUUGCUUCGAGCCCAACAACCAGAUGGUCAAGUGCGACCCCCGGCACGGAAAGUACAUGGCAACUUGCUUGCUGUACCGCGGUGACGUUGUCCCCAAGGAUGCUCACGCCGCUGUUGCUACUCUUAAGACCAAGCGCACCAUCCAGUUUGUCGACUGGUGCCCGACUGGCUUCAAGCUCGGUAUCUGCUUCGAGCCCCCACGCAUGGUCCCCAACGGCGACCUGGCCAAGGUCAACCGUGCUGUCUGCAUGCUUUCCAACACCACUGCCAUUGCUGAGGCUUGGUCUGCUCUGUCCUCCAAGUUCGAUCUCAUGUACUCCAAGCGUGCCUUCGUCCACUGGUACGUUGGUGAGGGUAUGGAGGAAGGCGAGUUCUCCGAGGCUCGUGAGGAUCUGGCUGCUCUGGAGCGUGAUUACGAGGAGGUUGCGACCGACUCGCUGGGUGACGAGGGUGAUAUCGAGGCUGAGUACUAA